GCACGCGGCGGGCUGGAGUCUCGGAGGUGACGUGAGCUGGGAGCGGACGGUCCCUGAACCGCCCCCGCCCCCGCCUGUAUAAUGGGCCGCGAGCCGCCGCACUGAUUGAACCGCUGCUGGGAGAUGCUGCCGGUGCCGCAUUACCGAGGGGCGGGGAGCGCUCGGCCGCCGCGCCCUGAGCCGCCGCAGGACGCGGCGAGGUUGGGGCCGCGCUGAGCGUGGGGCGCGAUGGCCGAGGAGCCGGCGCUGAGCCCGGAGUCGGUGCUGCGGUUCCUGGCGGCGCGGGGCGGGCGGGCGCGGAACGCGGAGCUGCUGGAGCAUUUCCGGGGCUGGCUGAGCCCGCCGGAGCCGGAGCGCCGCGCCCGGGCCCGCCAGCGCUUCAAGGAGCUGGUCAACGCCGUGGCCACCGUGCACCUGGAGCCCGGCUCCGGCGCCAAGUACGUUCAGCUGCGGCGGCGCUACCGGCCCGCGGGGACCCCGGCUGCGGACCAGCAGGACUCGCCACCCGGUGACCAGCCUCUCGAUCCCGGCGGCAGCGAGGCCGCCGCCCCCCUCGAUCCCCCGGCGGCGCCCGGGCCCGAGCCGCUGCCCAGCAUCGCGGACGCCGCCCCCCUCGAUCCCCCGGCGGCGCUGGAGCCGCUGCCCAGCAUCGCGGUGACCCCUGACGAGGAGGCGGACUCGGCACCGCGGAGCCGGGACUCCUCGCCUUGUCCCGGGGGGCAGCCGCGGGAAAUCGCGCCCGCUGCCCCAGGGAAGUCGGACCUCGAGGAUGGGGCGCUCCAGGGAAAGGGCCCCCCCAGCUGCCCGCAGCAGCCGCCUCAGGCGGGGAGCAGGAGCGACUUGCCCCGGUUGGGCCAGGCGCCCCCGGGCGGCGGCAGGAAGAGGAGCUCGCGGCGCAACGUGCCCCGGGGGCUGCAGCCGGGGCACGGCGGGGAGGAGCCGGUUCCCCCUGCCCGGCUUGUCGAAGAGGAGGGGGCCGAGGCCGGUUCCGGCUCCCCUUGCUCGCCGGGCAGCUCCGGCGGGGGCGCCACCCCCAGGUCCAGCCGCAAGAACUUCCGCGAGUUGAUGAUGGGCAGCUCCCCCCAGCUGAAACGGAGCUUCUUCCCCGGGGCCCCCCGAGCCCGCGGCGGGGACUCAGACAGCGCCUCGCUGGCCUCCUCCUCCGCCGAGGAAGAGAGCAGCGCAGGGAGCUCGGUAGCGCUGGACCCCCUGGAGCACGCCUGGAUGCUCUCGGCCGCGGACGGCAGGUGGGAGAGCCUGGAGGGGCUGCUGAGCUGCGAACCGGGGCUGCUCUCCAAGCGCGACUUCAUCACCGGCUUCACUUGCCUGCACUGGGCCGCCAAGCACGGGCGCCAGGAGCUGCUCGCCAUGCUCGUCAACUUUGCGCACAAGCAGCGGCUGCCCAUCAACAUCAACGCGCGCACCAGCGGCGGGUACACGGCGCUGCACCUGGCCGCCAUGCACGGCCACCUGGAAGUGGUCAAGCUGCUCGUGGGGGCCUACGACGCAGACGUGGAUGUGAGGGACUACAGCGGGCGCAAGGCCUCCAACUACCUGAGCCAGAGCACCACGGAGGAGAUGCGGAGCCUGGUGGGGGCCCUGCAGGAGGAGGGCGAGGGCGCCGUGGGCAACGGGAGCGGGCGCUGGAGGCUCUCCAAGGUGCUCCCCUCCAACCUCAUUGCCUACAGACUCUCCCACCACCACCAGGGGCAGGGCGAGGAGACUGAAUCCGGGGAGGGGGCAGCAGCCCUGGGCAAGGGCAAGGAGAUGAGCAGGAAAGCCUCAAACAGUGGCAGGAUGAAACCACGGCUCAACAAAAUCCGAUUCCGCACCCAGAUCAUCCACACUACCCCCUCUUUCAGAGCGGAGGAGGAGGAAGAAGAGGAGCAGGAGGAGAAGCCACUGAAAACGUCCUUCAAACUCAGACCUAAAUCCAAUGUCUUCGGAUAAGCAGGGAGACAAGCAGUAUCUAAAUCAGGGGUGUGACGUGCUCCUGAACCCAUUGAACAUGUAGUGCAGAAGAGAGGUGGUGUUUGCAGCUGUGUGUGAGUGACCAUCCCUCAUCCAGACUCACGCGUUCUUCGGGAGAUAAUGAAACUCAGAAGUUAAAGCAAAAUAUUUUGUUUUAAGUGUAAACAUCUGCAGGGCUCUUGGGAUUUAGCAAUUUCCAGAAAAUAGCUGCUUCAAGCCAAGCAAUGGGGGCUCCCCAUACUUAAGAGCUAUUUCCUUGCAAGUACAGCCAGGGGCAGUGGGUCUGUAAAGAAGUACUGGGUAUGUAAAAUCUGUGGGCCUCCUCUUUUUAGAAGCUAGGCAUCAGGGUCUGGAAACAUCUAUUUAUACUUGGUUUUAAAGUGAGUUGGAGAGGAGACAAAAGAGAGAAUUCAAAACUUUACAUUUCGGUACUAUAUACAACUCUUCAUGGACAGCUAUCUAUUUAAGUAGGAUUUUGUCAAUACAUUCAUGUAUUUUUAAAGUCUCUCUUUUUCUAAUGGCAAUACCACAUGAUUAAAUAGUUAAGUACAACACGUGACCGGUGUCAGGAUUUCUGUAGACAUUUGGGCUUCAGUCCUCAAAGACUUAAGAUCAGUCUUAACUUUACCUGUUCAAAUGACAUAAUUCAAAUACGGAAGUCAAUGGGAUGGCUUACAAAAGGUAUAGUUAAGCAUGGUGUAAGUCUUUGCUGCUUAAUUGAGGUACUACUGAACUCUAAUAGAGUUGGAAUGCUAAUGCAGAAUAUAGUAGCGUGAAUGAAAGGUCUUUAAUUUUUUAUACAUUCAAUAACUGCUAAUUAAGUUCUGUAUCAAAGCAAUUUUACUUUUAUAAUCACUGUGAACUCUCAAAUACUAAAUCUAGUACCAUAUGAGUUAUUGAUCUUUGGUCUGUCUUGCCAACACUACACUAGAGUAAUAGCAACACAUUUACAGUUGAUUAUCUUUAUUCAUGUAAAACUAAGUAAUUAUGCCAUACAUCUCAUCCAAAAAAAUCUCAUGCAACAGCAUCUAUACUCCUUUUUAAGGAAAAGUGAUCUUCAUAAAACUAAUAAGAUAUUGAAAUGCAAUAGUACUGUUCUAUGCAUUCAAUAAUUUGUGUGCUGUAGUAUCUACUAGCUCCUUCAGUGUAGUAUAUGCCAAAAUGCUUACAAACUGUGGUAGGGUGAAGGACCUAGGAACUCUUUUCUAAGGCCACCUGUGUCUCUGUUUGUUUGGUGUAUUGAGUAAAAGCUGCUUAAUGAGACUUUCUGAUUAUUUUUUUUUAAAGUAGUGGGGGCAACAUUCACAUUCUGACUCUCUAGUAAAACUGAUUUAACUAAAAAUCAAAUCUUUGUUUUUUGUAAGACAGGAAGGAUUUUGAAGUUUCAAACUAAACAAAUGUACUGGAAAUUCCCAAAGUAAUUGUUUUGGAAAUUCUCCACCUCAGACAGGUCUAUUCUAAAUUUGUUCUAUACAGUCUACAGAACUUUAUUGGUUUCUCUGCUGUUCAGGUCAGUAAUUCCUGCAAAUCUUGGAAGGCAUAGACUAUUUUAACAUAAGGUUCUUCAAAAAGAGCUGCAUCAUGGAUGCAGCUGGCCAUUGAAUCAUCUGUGCAUAAAUGUCAAAAUGCUGCCAAUGAAAAAUGCUUCUAAGUUACACUUUCUUGUAAUGUAUGUGCAUAUUUGUAAAAUCUUACCAAGAGUAUAUGACUUUAGAAAUGCAUAAAAUCUAAAUCUGAGGCACUAAUUAACUGCAUGCUGCAAGGGCUAGAAAUCUGUAUAUUAGGGGAGUUGCUCCUGAAAGAUCUGUGCUUUCUCGUGUUGACAGCUUUCUGCAUUUUGGUUGCAAUAGCAUGAGUGCCUACAAUAGAUAAAAAGAAAAGGAGUACUUGUGGUACCUUAGAGACUAACCAAUUUAUUUGAGCAUAAGCUCUAAGGUGCCACAAGUAAUCCUUUUCUUUUUGCAAAUACAGACUAACACAGCUGCUACUCUGAAACCUACAAUAGAUGUGGGGGAGAGGACUUUGCCACAGAUCACUUCCCAGUAUUUGCAUGACUGUUGACCUUAGUAAGCUAUGAUAGUCACAUAGGUAGGCAAUUAAUACUAUGCCAAACUGUUACGAGAAAAAAUGACCUUGAUGAGCAGUUUAAUCUAUUUUAUACAUUAUUUAGGUUCAGGUCAUUGUUUUUGUUCAGAAACACUAAAAAUCAUGGGGAGGUGUUAAUUUUAUAAUAUAAAAUUCCAUGUGCCUUCACUUUUGAUUGUACACUACAAACAUGGGUAUAUUCAGUCCUGAAAAGCACUUUCGUUCAUAUGCAUAUGGGGCUAAGCUAACAGUCUGCCCUCAGCCUUUUCCUGCCAGUAUAAACUUGGUGCAACAAGAACUGGAUGUUUCAAAGGGGGAAGUGCACUUGAGAACUAGGUACUUGCCCCUUCUACUUUCUGCAGUAGAGAAAUAUAAUCUUUAUACUAAAUUUUCUGUAAAGCAAGCUGAAGGUUGUUACAUUUACAAGAUUCUAGCUUGAGGCUCCUUGAGCACUAUAUUCCCAAGUGAGCACACAUUUCCUGCUACUACCUAUUUCCAAAUCUUGACUGUAUUAACCAUUAGUGUAGCAGUUAUGAAGCCUUGUGUAACUUUCAUUUUGACUGAGUCAGGUGUUGAGCUUUUCAAGUCUAGAUCUGAUAAAGAAUUGCACAAAAUAUAGAAUCUUGAAUUGGUAUUCUGUUGGUGAUAGGGGAAAUUCUUUAGACUGAGAUCUUGGACUACUGCAGCACUCUUCAAAUUGUGAAGAACCACAAUUUGUGGGAGAACCAGUAAAAAUUACUGAAAUUGACAAUUGGUAAAUGUGCAUCGCGAUGUAAUUCACAGUUUAGUUUUAAUUUGAUACGUCACAACACACUAGUAAAUGUAAUAUGUCUACAAAAGUAAUGAAGUCUUAGUGGUAUGAGACCUUCCCACAACACUAGAAAAUCUGAGUUGUGGUGGCACACGCUAUUGGUACACUAUGGUGAGUAAAAGUGCAAAAUUAGCAAGGUUCUACUGUAGUUAUUCCAAAUGGCUAGCUAAUCAAAUUUCUGCUUGUGCUAUCGGACUAAAGACUCUUAUUUCACCUCUUGGUUUUCACAUUCCACUCCUUUUAUUUGAGCUAAAACAAGUUUCUCUGUGGGGAAGGUUGUUACUCUUGAUACCCUUGUUUCAGGAUAUUCAUAGUCUACUGGUACUCUUAAAUGUAUGUAUUUGAAUUAGCAAAUAUAUUGCUGAGGAAGAUGUGAAUUGAACUAAAACAAUUUGUAUGGUACAAAAAACUGUAGCACUUACUAGUCAUUUUUUUUAAUGGUACACUUGAAAUAUUGAAUGUUUAUCCUUUAUUCAGUUUUUAUGAUAGUGUGAUGCAGCAAGCCUGUAACUUAACCAUUUGAUCACUUGUAUUGCAUCUUUGCCUGAAAUAUUAGAGGCCUGGAUGCCUUUCAGUUUUUAAUACAAGUUUUUUUUUUUAUGGGUGUUUAUCUGAAUGGAUAUUUGAGCGAAGAAUCUGAAGAAGUCAAACUUUAAUUUUACUGAAAUAAACAAAUGCCAGUGA